GAUUUUUUCCCUCUUCAUAUUAUUCGUUCGUUGUAGUUAUCGUUAUUAAACAAAAAAAAAAGAAAAUAAAGCCUAUAUUUGUUUUUUACAAGUUUGUUGACUUAAAUCGUGAAAGUACAUUUAAUUGUAGUUUAGCAGAAGCUGUUGAAUUUUGAUAUAAAAUGCUUCAGGAUACUACCAAACGAAUUGUUUUUCUGACAGGUCCACCAGGUAUCGGUAAAACCACCGUGGUUAAGAAAAUAUGCAGUAUGUUGGCGGAAAGAAGCAUUCCAGUGGGUGGCUUUUACACAGAAGAGUUACGGGAAGGCCCUCGAAGGGUUGGAUUUGACAUCGUCACUUUCAAGGGGAAAAGAGGGGUUUUGGCGAGAAUACAAGACGGUAUGGACAACAGCAUUUCCCGAUAUCAGGUUGGCCAGUACAAAGUUGAUAAGAAUUCAUUUGAAUCACUUGCACUCCCAGUAUUUAAUGACCAAGACUCCGUUGUUCUCGUGUUGGAUGAAAUUGGCAGGAUGGAGUUAUUUAGUGAUGAAUUUAAGAAAAAAGUGAAAGAAGCUGUCGAAACCCCUAACAGAGUUAUUCUUGCCACAAUCCCCAUAGCCAAAGGAAGACCUCUGUCGUUCGUAGAAGAGCUGAGAUGCCAUCGUAGUGCUAAACUGUUCACAGUGGAUUGCAACAACAGGGAUUGUCUGCCUCAGCAAGUUUUGGAGACUCUGCAGACAGUAUUAUUUGUCUAAUAAAUGCAUUUUAUCACAUGAAACGUAACAAAUAAUGAAACAUCUUGAGAGUUAAGGCUACGUGGUGCACAAACUUUUUGUGAUGGAUAUUUGUACAUAAAUGUUGAUUGUAACUAAAAAAAAUUUACCAAAAGAGGUAUUAUAACUACAUACUCAAUUGUGUGUCAUUUGACUCACUUUAUUGUUUCUUUUAUAUGUAAUAUUAAAUUAAAAAUAAUUUAUUACAGUGCCAAA